AUGCAUGAGUGGCAGAUAAAAGCAAGAGAGGACGCCGAGAACCAACAAGACGCGCCGUCCUCGCUGCGCGAACUGCUCGGGAUGGAUUCCGAAACGACCAAGGCACCGAUCCCCGUCAUCGUCUGCGGCAAGGCGGAGGUCGUCGGCCGUGUCGUCAUCGAAGGCCUGAAGCCGGAAUACGAAGUCGUCCACUUCAUCAUGACGCCCGCCUCAGGAGCCGCCAUAAUCCCGGCGAUUCUGACGGGACAGACCCCGCCGUCCCACCCGGACUCGAGCGCCAUCGGGACGGGGAACUACGCCGUCCCACCCCGCGCCAUCAUCCUCGGGGCUGCGUUCGACGACGAGGCGCUCGAGACCAUCAAGAAGGGCGUCGCUGGGGCUGGAGGCGCAAAGAAGGUUCCCUGGCUCAGGCACGAUACCAGCAAGCCCUCGCCGCCGAUCGGGCCGGAGUACGGCAAGGCCGUGGUUGCGAGAUGCAAGGAGACGUUGGCGCUGUUGGAGAAGGAGGGGAAGCUGGAUGGGGAGCACGAUGCUGAUGAGUGGUACUGA